AUGACAAUUUCAAAUUCAAAUUUAUUCAAGCCAAUCAACAUUGGGAAAAAAACCAUUAGUCACAGAAUUGCACAUUUGCCAACCACCAGAAACCGUGCUACCAAAGAUCAUGUCCCUACUGAUUUGAUGCAAAAAUAUUAUACCGAUCGUGCUAAAACUGGUGGGUUAUUGGUUACUGAAGCUACUUUGAUUUCUUUGAAUCAAGGGAUUUAUCCAAAUGUUCCAGGAAUUUGGAAUAAUCAACAACGAGAUGCCUGGAAAAGAAUCACUGAUUCAGUCCAUUCUGUUGGUGGAUUUAUUUCGGUUCAAUUGUGGGCUUUAGGUAGAGUUGGUAAUGCCAAAUUGUUAAAGAAACAUGGAUUACCACUAACCGGUGUUAGUCCAAUUUAUGAACAUGAACAAGCGGAAAAGGAUGCUAUUAAAGCUGGUAAUCCAAUUCAAGAAUUGACUCAUAAUGAAAUUAAAGAUAUUAUUUAUAAUCAAUUCGCCAAUGCAGCUAAAUUGGCUGAUGAAGCAGGAUUUGAUUUUAUUGAAUUACAUGGUGCAAACGGUUAUUUAUUUGAGCAAUUCAUUCAUCCUGGAACUAACAAAAGAACUGACAAAUACGGAGGAUCAAUUGAAAAUAGAGCCAGGUUUUUAUUUGAAGUUGUUGAUCAUUUAACAACUAUUGUUGAUCCUUCUAAAUUGGCUAUUAGAUUAUCACCUUUAAGCAAUUUCCAAGUACCUGGAAUCAACCCAACUGCAAAAGAAGAUUAUUCAUACAUUGUUCAAGGAUUACAAAAAAGAGCUGAUGAAGGUAAAGGAUUGGGCUAUAUCAAUGUUGUUGAAGGUCGUUUUUCACCUGAUGGAAGUGUUGAAGCUUGUGAUGUCAACUUUGUUGGCGAUAUCUGGAAAGGUGCAUUGUUAAAAGGAGGUAAUUAUACUUAUGAUAAGAAAAACAACUGGGAAACAAUUGAACAUGACGCUAAUUCAGAUGACAGAACUUUGGUUGGUUUUGGUAGAUACUUUAUUGCCAACCCAGAUUUACCAGAUAGAAUCAAAAAAGAUUUACCAUUGAAUGAUUAUGAUAGGUCUACUUUUUAUACCAAUGAUGACUAUGGUUAUAAUACUUACCCAUUUUACGGUCAAGAAAUCAAAGUUGACCCUGAAAACAAAGUAUUUGGUGUUGCCUUAGCUUGA